GUUAGAAGAAGAGUAAGUGAAAUUUUGUUGCAAUUCUACAAAUAGUACCGUUUUGGUGUUCAUUCAUAACAUUUCGCAAAUUACUAUUUAAUAAUAAAAACAUUUAAACAAAGUUCGUGUAAAAUACGCUAAGGAGAUAAGUGCUAAAUGUUAUUGGCAGAGCUAAUACAUCUGCCAACACUGUGCUUUGAUUGUUGAUUUUUGCGUUGCUAUGGGCAGAAAAUAGUAGAAUUUUCCACGUAUUGAGUUAAUUAUAUUGAAAAGAAAGUAAAGUGCCGUAAAAAAAGAAUCAUGCAGAAUAUGGAACUGGAUUUGGUGGCUGAUGUAGUGUUCGUUAUCGAGGCUACCGCAGUGAAUGGUGCUUAUAUGAAUGAGCUGAAGAGUAAUUAUAUAGUUCCAACAAUUGAGCAUUUCACAAAGGGUUGGCAAGUGGAUGAUGGAGAAUACCUCAUCUCAGAAAGGCAUGCAACUCAAUAUGGCAUAGUCAUUUACCGCACGGCUGCGAAUUUGCUUGAUCCAGCAGUGUCCACAUAUGGGCCUUUUGUGUGGCCCAAACAGGUGCUGGAAACUAUUGAGCAUUUACCUUUGGUUGGUGGCGGCAUGGAUUCCUGUGCAAACAUGUCAGAAGGAUUGGCUACGGCACAUUGUUGCUUCGAAGAUAUGAAAGAACGGCGAACUCGUCUAAUGAUCGAUGCUUUGAAUGUACAGCGUCAUUGUAUAUUGAUAUGUAAUAGUCCCCCAUAUUCCACACCGGUUAUGGAAUGCUGGAAACAUAUGGGCAAAACUGUGGAACAAUUGGCAGGUUUAUUUCACGAGCGAAAAAUAAAUUUUUCCAUAAUAGCACCCCGCAAAAUGCCCGUUCUCUUCAAGUUGUUCAUGAAGGCUGAUGGUGAUCAACCAGUCGCUGCUAAAAAUUAUGCUAAAAAUAUAAGACAUUUGGUUCUACUGAAAGGCUACCACUUAAAAGAGCGUCCACCCAGUCCCAAUGCUAAUACUGGCAACGUCGGGGUUGCUGGUCUUAUGGCCAAUCAAAUGGUUGGACCUGGCGUUGGCCCAGGUGGUAAUCCACAGAUGCAACAACAACAGCAGCAGCAGCAGGGUGGACCAAUGCAAAUUGAUAAUUCUCAAGGACCCGUCCAGGGACAGCAAGGGGCACAGCAUGCUGUUGGUGUUAUGAAUCCAGGACAGCAACAACAGAAUCAACAAGGCCCUGCUGGCCCGACUGUACUUACACCGCAACAACUAAUGCAACAACAACAGCAGCAGCAGCAACAACAACAACAACAGCAACAACAAUUUGUUAACCAAAACCCGAAUCAGAAUCCAAACUUCCAACCGAACGUAAAUAUAAAUCCACAAAACCGUUGGAUGUUCCAGGCAAAUCAGCAACAACAACCCGGUCAGCCACGUCCACCUUUCAUGGGUGGAGCGGGUGGCAUGCCGCCAGGAAUGGCUGCUGGUGGCCCAAUGGGUGGUCCACAACAGGGACCAAUCGGCGGUCCGGGUCAGAAUCAAAACUCUGCACUCAUUUCACAGUUGAGUGCACCGCCAAACCAAACGGUUAAUCCGUUAUUGGCACAACAACAGCAAAUGCGUUUACAAAUGAUUAAUCAGCAACAACAACAGCAGUUACAGCAAAUGCAUCAACAACAAUUGCAGCAGCAGCAGCAGCAGCAACAACAGCAACAGCAGCAACAGCAGCAACAACAACAGCAGCAGCAGCAGCAACAACAGAGUCAAUCACAGCAACAACAACAGCAGGCCAUGAACAACGCUGGAGGACAAGGACCAAACCAAAAUGCAGCUGGCGUGGGACCGGGCAAUAUGCAGCAGGCAUCGACUUCCGGCGGACCGGGGCCCAAUGAUGUCGCACCGCAUCCCCGAGAUCGCGAUAAGAUUUGGUCUGGCGUACUCGAGUGGAACGAAAAAAGUAAACCAGACCAACAAAAAGUUACGCGUACUCUACAGUGCAGCGUGGCUACCAACAUCAAAGAUGGUGAACCCGAAAUCAAAGCGGAGAACUGGCCACCAAAGCUGCUUAUGCAACUUAUGCCGAAACACCUUGUGGGCAACAUUGGUGGACAAUUCCUUAAGGAAUCCAAAAUGGUGGUUUUCAAGCCAACACCGUGUGAAGCCCUGGACACGCUUUCCAAAGUUAUGGCCACAGGUUUUGCCGGUUGCGUACACUUUACAAACCCUUCAGGACCGGCGUGUGAGAUCAAGGUUUUGAUAUUGUUGUAUACUGCCGAGAAAAACGCCUUUCUCGGCUUCAUCCCCAACAAUCAGACCAUGUUUGUGGAGCGACUGAGAAAGGUUAUACAACAGAAGCAAAUGGGGCAUGGGCAACAGCAACAACAGCAACAGCAACAACAUCAGCAGCAGCAGCAACAGCACCAACAACAACAGCAACAAAUGCAGAACGCAAUGAAUCAAAUGCAAAACAAUUUGCCACCAAACGUCAUGGCGCAACAACAACAGCAGCAACAGCAACAGCAACAGAAGCCCACACCGAUGGACGUGCAACAUCAAAUGGAGCAGCAGCAACAACAACAACAGCAGCAGCAGCAACAGCAGCAGCAAAACUACAAUCAAUAUGCACAACAAAUGAAUAUGCAAAUGGGCGGACCGGGCGGCGGACCAGGUGGCCCCAUACAAGGCGGCGGUGGCCCACCACCCGGUGUCAUCGGCAUGCAAAUGUCCGAUCAAAUGGUUGGUGGCGGCGGUGGUGGCCCAAUGCAGCAGCAUCAGCAACAAAUGAAUUUAUUGCAACAACAGCAACAACAACGCAUGCCGAUGAUGGGCGGCCCGAAUGCGCAAAUGCAGCAGGUCUCACCACACGCGGUCGCUGCGGCGGCAGCAGCGGCAGCCGCUAUGCAGCAACAGCAACAGCAGCAACAACAACAGCAGCGUAUGGUGCGUCCAAUGAUGAGCAAUAAUCCAGGCUUACGUUUGCUACUACAACAACAAUCGGCGCCCACCAAUCAAUUUCGACCGCAAAUGGGUGGCGGCGGUGGCCCAGGCGGCCCGGUAGGCGGCCAAAUGGGCGGUGGACCACCAAAUCAGAUGGGUGGGGGCCCGGGCGGUGGGGUACCAAUGGGAGGGAAUCGCCCUUAUGACGAUAGUAACUUUGAAUUUAUGUAAAUUGAUAAGAAAAUAUAUACUAUGUCUAUAUGUAUUGACCUAAAUUUCUCAUCUAUGGACUGAUGAAAGCCGAUUACCAAACUAUCGCAGUUGCUAACUUCAUUCUUUAGAAAAUGUUUUUACUUUUUUAUAUUGAAAAAUUGACGAAAUCGUUUGUUUUUUUUACCAUAAUUUGACCGAAAUAAUUAUUGUAUUGUGUAUGUGCUGAAGCAUUCCCUAAGACGCUCCAAUGAUAAAUUUAUAAUCCUUAGAAAAAUAAAAAAAUUUUAAAAAUAUUUUGAACAAAU